CAAAUGUAAAAAAUUAAUAUAGUGUAAUUUAAAUACAACCUGUGAAGGGAGGAACUUUGUUAUAUAUUGUGCUGGCUUGAUUUUUCAUGAUCAAUUUUUUGUAUACAGAAGGAGUAUAAUUUAGAAACUUUCCAAAAUAUUAUAGGUUUAGAGGCAUUCAUGAAUGAAUUUCUUAUGCUUAGAUUCUAGGUAGUAUUAUAUCAGCGACUAUUUCAGAGCAGACAUCUUACAUCUUCACAGUCAUGUGCAGGCUGUUUGGUUUCCCAUUGAGGGAUGAUGCCACGGCUGUUGCAUCUAAGAUGGGUGUCCCUUGUGUUGAAGGGCAAAAUGGGAUUCUAUUGAAAGACAAUUCACAGGGAAAAGAGUUAAAUGGCAUGAGGGAUAUGUUGCUCUCUAGUGUUCUUUAGGUUUAUGUGUGUUUGCUUGCGUGAGGCUUAAGUAAGUUCGUAUGUUUAGUUGAUUUGUUUUUGAAGAUGACUUGCUAGCUAACCUUCGGACGUCACAAGUUGAUGGAUUUUGUAAACUUGGUCGCUUCGUUGCAAGAAUGGUUUUUUUUUUAUUAGGUUGAAAGUUUUUAACAGAACCCCCACCUACAACAACAAUGAAGAUCAGUUUAAAUAACAAAAAUUACGACGAGAAUGUCAACUACGACGACUCUCUCUCAAGCCUAAGCGUAAGCGAAACCCGCCUCUUCGAGGGCACGGUUGAUAGGUAACACCAGUAAGAGAAUACAUUCUCUAAUUCUUGAUGCACCAACAAAAGUAUUGUUACAACACUCGUUUUUCUGUCUAGCCGUAAUUGUAAUUUGAUGGACUGAUUUGUAUUUUCUAUAAAUAAAUGGGAAUGUUGUAAAACAAAAUCACUUGAACCGUGUUUUAAAAAUCAGACCGACCCGAUAAUUGGACCGGGUUCGACCAUGAAUUGGUUACGUAAUCGGAUUGAAUCAAACAAAUGAUUCGACUAUGAAAAUCAUGUAACCUGAUUGAAUCUCAAAUUUAUUAAACUGAUAAAAACCAUUAAAACUAUCAAAAAAUUUAUAAACUAUCCAUAUAAACAUAAUAUUAGUGUAUAUUUAUAAUAUUGGGCCGUACAUUUUAAUAAGGCCCAUGAAACAAAACAGUAACGUAUUUGUAUCAACGAUAUGUCUCGAUAUAGUCAGCACUAACAAAAACGUAUCCUCUGAGCUUAGUUUCGUGAUCACGCCGCACCAAUUACACCACCUUUGCUCGCCGGGAAACUUGCCACUUAAAACACCUUCGAGAUGUCUGAUUCCGACAUGGACAUUGACGAUGACGACGUCCAAGUGCAGGUACAACGUACAAUUGCGGGAGACUCUGGAUUGCUGCUCGCUAAACCUUCCGAUUCCCAAUCCCGGAACGAUGUGAAGAAGCAUUUAGAUGAGAACAGUGGGAAGAAUAAUACUAUGCUGGGAGAAGCAAAAGACAUGCUUUUGUCAAGGUUUCCUGCUCCGGCGCCAAGCUUUCCUUUGGUGAAUGGACCAGAACAGAAACGUGCAGCACUUCCCUGCAAGUUUUUUGGUCAAGGGUGGUGUGAUAAUGGGAUCUCCUGCAGGUUUCUUCAUGUGAAGGAGAACACGAAUGGCACUAGCCAGCAACAGUGGGUGAAUCAUAUGGCUGGAGCCAGUGGUAUCCAGUCUGUUGAAGGCGAAAAUGGUGUAGCAUCUUUGGUGAACCCAUCAGGUGAUCACGAGAUACGCUUUAUGCCUUCAUUGGGAAACAUGGAAAGAGGGAGUCUACCAAAGGGUGGUGCUGUUUUCACUGAGGACAGGCAUGUGUUUGUUAAUAGCACUAGUUCCUUCCCAUUGAAAAGCAGUUUUGUUCAAGAACAUGGAGCUUCUCUCACUUCCUAUGGACAAACAGACAUGGGAUCUUCUGGACCUGCCUGGACAGGAUCAUUGUUCAGUUCUACUCCUAUGAAUCAGUAUGCUUCUAAAUUGGGGAACUGUGAAAACAUAAAUGAUAUAAAUGGAUCCGGAUCACCACCGAUGGUGGAAGCUAUAUCUGUUUCAUCCGUUCAAGAUACAGAAGGCGACAGGACUAGCAACAACAAGAAAGUUUAUUCACAUGAUUGGGAACCUUCUGAACCUUUUCGAGCAUCUUUCACAAUUCCACCUUAUAUACUUCCCUCCUCUGAUGCCCUCUACGAUCCUUUCACGGAUAUAGAGAAUCCACAAGACAGAUCUCUUACUGCUCCAUUGUCAAGUAAAGGGAGAUAUGCACAGAAAAAGUCCAGCCAGCAGAAAGAUGAUGAAUCUGCUAGUGAUAAUAAAAACAGUUCAUGUAGCAAUAAUCAGUAUCAAGAAUCUAUGGCGACGAAGAAUUUGGAAGCACAUGGAGUGGUGGAGGGGGUGGCUACUUCGGUUGUUGAUCAAAAUGAUGAAACAACACCAAGCAAAGAAGUUUCUGCAGAGAAUAGAUCUGUUUUAAAAAGAAGCAAACCUGCAGGGCACGGAUCUUGGCGUAGAAGUGACGGCUCUUCGCAUCAAAAGGUGUUGAAAUCAGAUGAGAGAGAUGGUGAAGCGAGGUCAGACGCAGGGACCAAAGCAUUGAGACAGUUCCGGACUGCAGUUGUGGAAACCAUCAAAGAAAUGGUGAAACCGUUGUGGCGCGAAGGCCGUCUUACCAAAGAAGUGCAUAACAUGGUAGUUAAAAGAGCUUCUGAAAAGAUAGUCAGCGCUGCUGUCCAGUCCCAUCAGGUGCCGACUGACUCAGCAUCCGUUGAUCAGUAUCUUAGUAUGUCUGCAACCAAGAUUGUGAAGCUUGUUGAGGCGAGUUUCUUCUUAGACACUUCAGUAAAAAAACUUAGUAAAGUCUUGCAUUAA